AUGACGGUCCUCUUCCUCUGGAUCCCAUAUUCCAUGGGGGACGGCGCAACUCAGGCGCGGAUAGACGAUAUUUGUCGAGAGACGGAUGAUUUCAACUACUGUCGGCGUGUUUUCAAUGCGCAUCUGCCGGGGGACGUGGUGGGCAUAAGAGGGUUGACGCAGAUAGCUCUGACGCAGACGUUGAUAUACGCGUCGGACACGCAGAUACUCAUAAGAAGGUUGGAAGCAAGGAACAACAGUUCAGAACUGAAGAACCUGCUGAAGAUUUGUGAGGUAGGGUAUGGAAUAAUAGUGGAUAGGUUCGGAACUGCAAGCUUGGAUUUUGCAAAGGGAGACUAUGGAUCUGUGGUGUUCGAAGUAGAGAACUGUGAGAGGUUUGUGACUGACUGUAUAUUUGUCCUGGCGGGCAGAGUGCCUGAGAUGAAGGUCAAGAAUUCACAGGCCAAAGUGCUGGUCAGGAUGUCGGUUGUUAGUAGUAGUGAGCUUAAUGGUGGGCGCAGUCGCAGUACUCCGCCUAUAGCUAUAUAG